AUGGGGGCGAGUGGCAUCGACAUCGAUGAAGGAGCUCUUGAGAUCGGAAUGGAGUAUAGAACUGUCUCUGGGGUUGCGGGACCCUUGGUCAUCCUUGAAAAAGUGAAGGGUCCAAAGUACCAGGAGAUUGUUAAUAUUCGCUUAGGAGAUGGAUCAAUGAGACGUGGUCAGGUCUUGGAGGUUGAUGGAGAGAAAGCAGUUGUCCAGGUUUUUGAAGGAACAUCUGGAAUUGACAACAAAUUUACUACGGUGCAAUUCACUGGAGAGGUGCUGAAAACACCUGUAUCACAAGACAUGCUUGGGCGCAUAUUCAACGGCUCAGGAAAGCCAAUUGAUAAUGGCCCUCCUAUUUUGCCAGAGGCAUACCUCGAUAUUUCUGGAAGCUCAAUCAACCCUAGUGAAAGAACCUAUCCUGAAGAGAUGAUCCAGACAGGGAUUUCUACCAUUGAUGUCAUGAACUCCAUUGCUCGUGGACAGAAAAUUCCUCUUUUCUCUGCUGCUGGUCUACCACAUAACGAAAUAGCUGCUCAAAUUUGUCGUCAGGCUGGUCUUGUUAAGCGGUUGGAAAAGACUGAGAACCUUAUUGAGGAUCAUGGAGAGGACAAUUUUGCAAUUGUUUUUGCAGCUAUGGGUGUAAACAUGGAGACAGCUCAGUUCUUCAAGCGUGAUUUUGAAGAAAAUGGAUCAAUGGAAAGAGUUACCCUUUUCCUGAACCUGGCAAAUGACCCGACCAUCGAAAGAAUUAUCACUCCUCGAAUUGCUCUCACAACCGCAGAAUAUCUAGCUUAUGAAUGUGGGAAGCACGUGCUUGUUAUAUUGACAGACAUGAGUUCGUAUGCAGAUGCUCUUCGUGAGGUCUCGGCUGCUCGAGAAGAAGUGCCUGGAAGGCGUGGUUAUCCGGGUUAUAUGUAUACAGAUCUUGCAACUAUUUAUGAGCGUGCAGGGCGUAUUGAAGGAAGAAAGGGUUCCAUUACCCAAAUUCCUAUCCUCACUAUGCCCAAUGAUGACAUCACUCACCCUACUCCGGAUCUUACUGGUUACAUUACUGAGGGUCAGAUCUAUAUUGACAGGCAACUUCACAACAGACAGAUAUAUCCACCCAUUAACGUGCUUCCAUCACUUUCUCGAUUAAUGAAGAGUGCUAUUGGUGAGGGAAUGACUCGCCGUGACCAUUCUGAUGUGUCCAACCAGCUAUACGCAAACUAUGCAAUCGGGAAGGAUGUUCAAGCCAUGAAAGCUGUCGUUGGAGAAGAAGCUCUUUCCUCUGAGGAUCUGCUGUAUCUAGAGUUUCUGGACAAAUUUGAGAGGAAGUUUGUGAUGCAAGGCGCAUACGACACAAGAAACAUCUUCCAGUCACUUGACUUGGCAUGGACACUGCUCCGUAUCUUCCCUCGUGAGCUUCUUCACCGUAUUCCCGCCAAAACACUUGAUCAAUUCUACAGUCGCGACGCCACAAGCUAA